UGUCACAGAACCCAGGAUGCGGGGUCUGCCUCUCUGCUGCCUGGCGCUGGUGCUGGCAGCCACGGGGGCUCUGCUGAGGGCCGGGACCCCCAGAGAACAGGUCGCCAGCACCCCAGCCCUGCCCGGGGAGCCGGCCACGGGCACUGGGGGUCUCAUCUUCCGCCAGGACUGGGACUGGCCCCCCCUGGGCGUCUGGCCACCAGGCAGCCCACGGGAACCCCUGGGGUGCCUGGUGACGCUGGGCAAGGGUGGCAAUGGGAGCAGCGUCCCCCUGCGGGUGGUGGGGGCCCUGAGCGGCUACGAGCAGGCCUUUCUGGAGGCCGUGCGGCGUGCCCACUGGGGCCCCCAUGACCUGGCCACCUUCGGGGUCUGCUCCCCCGGCAACAGGCAGGCCACCCUGCUCCCUCUGCAGCAGCUGCAGGCAUGGCUGGGGGAACCCGGGGGGCGGCGGCUGGUGGUCCUGCAUCUGGAGGAAGUGACGUGGGAGCCAACGCCCUCGCUGAGGUUCCAGCAGCCGCCACCUGGAGGAGCUGGUCCCCUGGAGCCGGCGCUGCUGGUGCUGUACCCUGGGCCCGGCCCUGAGGUCACUGUCAUAGGCGCCGGGCUGCAGGGGGCCCAGGGCCUCUGCCCGUCCCGGGACACCCGCUACCUGGCGCUGGCCGUGGACCGCCCGGCGGGGGCCUGGCGCGGCCCCGGGCUCGCCCUGACCCUGCGGCCCCGCGGAGACGGUGCCCCCCUGCGUACGGCCCAGCUGCAGGCGCUGCUGUUCGGCGCUGAUCCCCGCUGCUUCACGCGGAUGACCCCGGUCCUGCUCCUGCUGCUGCAGCAGCCCGGGCGCGCGCCCAUGCCCGCGCACGGCCGUCUAGACACGGUGCCCUUCCCGCCGCCCAGGCCGUCCCCGGAGCCCGAGGAGCCGCCGCCCAGCGCCGACCCCUUCCUGGAGACGCUCACGCGCCUGGUGCGCGCGCUGCGGGGUCCCCCGACCCGGGCCUCGCCGCCACGUCUGGCCCUGGACCCGGGCGCGCUGCGGGCGCAGCGCAGCGCGGGGGCCGGGGCCGUUGACGGGCCGUGCUCGCUGCACCAGCUGCGCGUGGACCUGCGCGCCGAGCGCUCGGUGCUCAUCCCGGAGACGUACCAGGCCAACAACUGCCAGGGCGCGUGCGGCUGGCCGCAGUCCGACCGCAACCCGCGCUACGGCAACCACGUGGUGCUGCUGCUUAAGAUGCAGGCCCGGGGCGCCGCCCUGGCGCGCCCGCCCUGCUGCGUGCCCACGGCCUACGCGGGCAAGCUGCUCAUCACCCUGUCCGAGGAGCACAUCCGCGCGCACCAUGUGCCCAACAUGGUGGCCACCGAGUGCGGCUGCCGGUGACCCCCGCCGGGCCCCGAGCAGCGCCCUGCCCAUAUUUAUUCGGACCCCAGUCAUCGCCCCAAUAAAGACCAGCAAGCACCC